UUUCCGGAAGGCAGGGGGGCGGUGCCAGCCUCCGAGGCGGCUUCGGCUAUGGCGGCUGGGCCGCGGGAGCUGUCUCCCUAGCCAGGCCCUGCGCCGCCAGAGGAUGGCCUCCCUCGGGCCGGCCGCUCCGGGCGAGCAGGGCCCGGGGGCUGAGGCGGAGCCGGGCGCCGCGGGCCCGGCGUCGCCAUCGUCUCUGGGGCCCCUGCUCCCCCUGCAGCGCGAGCCGCUCUACAACUGGCAGGCGACCAAGGCGUCGCUGAAGGAGCGCUUCGCCUUCCUCUUCAACUCGGAGCUGCUGAGCGAUGUGCGCUUCGUGCUGGGCAAGGGCCGCGGCGCCGCGGCCGCCGGGGGCCCGCAGCGCAUCCCCGCCCACCGCUUCGUGCUGGCGGCCGGCAGCGCCGUCUUCGACGCCAUGUUCAACGGCGGCAUGGCCACCACGUCGACCGAGAUCGAGCUGCCCGACGUGGAGCCCGCCGCCUUCCUGGCGCUGCUGAGAUUUCUGUAUUCAGAUGAAGUCCAGAUCGGCCCCGAAACAGUUAUGACCACUCUUUAUACUGCUAAGAAAUAUGCAGUCCCAGCCUUGGAAGCACAUUGUGUGGAAUUUCUCACCAAACAUCUUAGGGCAGAUAAUGCCUUUAUGUUACUUACUCAGGCUCGAUUAUUUGAUGAACCUCAGCUUGCUAGUCUUUGUCUAGACACAAUAGACAAAAGCACAAUGGAUGCAAUAAGCGCAGAAGGGUUUACUGAUAUUGAUAUAGACACACUCUGUGCAGUUUUAGAAAGAGACACACUUAGCAUUAGAGAAAGUCGACUUUUUGGAGCUGUUGUACGAUGGGCAGAAGCAGAAUGUCAAAGACAACAAUUGCCGGUGACUUUUGGAAACAAACAGAAAGUUCUAGGAAAGGCACUGUCCUUGAUCCGGUUCCCACUGAUGACCAUUGAGGAGUUUGCAGCAGGUCCUGCUCAGUCUGGAAUUUUGUCAGAUCGUGAAGUGGUAAAUCUCUUUCUUCAUUUUACUGUCAAUCCUAAACCCCGAGUUGAAUAUAUUGAUCGACCAAGAUGCUGCCUCAGAGGGAAGGAAUGCUGCAUCAAUAGAUUCCAGCAAGUAGAGAGCCGCUGGGGUUACAGUGGAACCAGUGACCGAAUCAGGUUCACAGUUAAUAGAAGAAUCUCUAUAGUUGGAUUUGGUUUAUAUGGAUCUAUUCAUGGUCCCACGGAUUAUCAAGUGAAUAUACAGAUCAUUGAAUAUGAAAAAAAACAAACCCUGGGACAGAAUGAUACCGGAUUUAGUUGUGAUGGGACUGCUAACACAUUCAGGGUCAUGUUCAAAGAACCUAUAGAGAUCCUGCCCAACGUGUGCUACACAGCAUGUGCAACACUCAAAGGUCCAGAUUCCCACUAUGGCACAAAAGGACUGAAGAAAGUAGUGCAUGAAAUACCUACUGCUAGCAAGACUGUUUUUUUCUUUUUUAGUUCCCCUGGCAAUAAUAAUGGCACUUCAAUAGAAGAUGGACAAAUACCAGAAAUAAUAUUUUAUACAUAAUGUAGCAUUAUAACACCUCUUGGCUAAAUAGUAGCAUACAGUCUAGUCUCAAAGGCAUAAAAAACUGGCCACAAAAAGGAGUUCGAGUGUUAUGAAUAUUUAUAAUUGUAAGAUAAGAAACAUUUUAGUUUCUUAGAGGAGACAGAAAAAUGUUGAUUUAAAUCUCUGCAUGAUUUAAAGGCAGAUUUCCAUUUUCUUAUAACCUUAAUUAAGGGAAAAGAGAACUGGGUUUAAUUAUUUAAAAAACAGCUGUUUCAGCUUUAUCUUGUAUAAUUUCAUAGAUCAGCUGACUCAUGGUCUUUCAACAGUUUUAUAAUUGAAAGAUUCUUGUUAUAUAUAGCUAGUUUGUUUUUGUUUUAACUAUUUUGAAGGUUAGCUGAGAUGGGCAUAUAGGCUUAACUAUUUUGAAGGAUACAUGAGAUCAGAUGGGUCAGUUUUCCUACAGAAUUCUUAUCAACUCAAAUAACUAAUUUCAGAAAAUUAAGAAAACUGACUUUAUUUUUGCAGUUUUGAAAUAUCUGGUGGUUAGCAUUUGGAAUAGUGCUAGAAAUAGGCCUAAUAAAUGCUCGAGAAAAUUUUCAAUGCAUUUACAGAAAAGGAUAUUUUGUAAUAGUAUAGUAACGUCUUACAUAGUACAGUUUUAAACUAUAGAUGGAGUUUAUACAAAUUCACAAUAAUGUGAUAUAUAAACAAAGAUCUAAAGGUAUAGUCUAAGACUGGAUUCUUUAUCAUUAAACUGCACCACUAUAGCUGUCUAUCUGUAUGGGGGAUGCUGCCAAGAAUUCCCAAGAGUGAGAUGAUGAUGGUGACCGGGUAAACAGACAUCAGUUCAACACUGUGGUGAUAAUCUUACACAGCAAGUAACGGAAUAAAGUAUUAAAAUUUCUCACAACUGCUUUGAAAUUUUAAAGAUAUCCAACAGAAUCACUCCUGCUGAAAGGUAUACUUUCUGUCACCUACACAGUGCUAUCCAAGAAGUAAAAUAUGCUUAAUAUUCAUGACCUCACUGUUGUCCACAGCUACAGCUGUAUUGGGAGGGGAUAGGAAGUAUAUCUGACAGAAUGACAUUUAUACACUUUUUUAUAAAACAAAAUUUUAUAUAAAUAACAUUCUUUUUUUCCCUUGAAAGUGAUUAUCUUAUAAAAAACUCACGUGUAAUUAAGUUUAAGGUAUAUUAAAUAGUUGUGGAAGAUGGUUAAAAAUCACAAUUCUUUAAGUAUCAACUUAAAAAGAAUUAAUUUUUUCUAAAUAAUGGUAUUUAGGAUUUAAAUUUCUUCAUCUAAAGUAGUAUUUCAUUUUAUACUUUCAAGAAGGUAGUGAGGUGUGUUGGUGGCAGAUGUCUCUUAAAAUUGCUGAAGGAAAGGGAAAUAUUUCUAUCUCUGGUAACAUGACCUUGGGAGUAUAAACCUCAGUUAACUGGAAUAUCUAUGGAAUUUGUAGUUCUGGUUGACUAAAGAUUGACCAGCAAAUAUGCUGUAGCAACCAUUAUAGGAAAAAA